CGCGCGGCCCUCCUGCCCCGAGGCCUCGCCCGCCGCCCGCGCCGCGCCGCCAUGAGCUCCGCCACCGGCACGUUCCAGCAGCAGGAGCCGCUCAACUACCGCGCGGGGGCCCGCGUGCAGCCCGUGGACGGGGAUCACGCCGAGGAGGCCUUCGAGCCCGCCACCGGCCGGGUCAUUGCCAGGUUCCCCUUUUCUGGGGAGAAGGAGGUGGCCCUUGCUGUGCAGAGUGCGCAGGCUGCCUUCAAAAUAUGGAGCCAGAAAUCGGGCAUGGAGCGGAGCUCCGUCUUGCUGCAGGCCGCAAGGCUUAUUCAGGAGCGGAGGAGAGAGAUCGCCACCCUGGAGACGAUCAAUAACGGGAAGCCCAUCUCCGAAGCCUUAGUGGACAUCGACAUAUCUUGGCAGACUCUGCAGUACUUUGCGGGCUUGGCCGGCUCGCUGUCAGGCCAGCACGUCCAGCUUCCUGGGGGAUCCUUUGGCUACACCAGGAGGGAGCCUCUCGGGGUCUGCGUUGGAAUAGGCGCUUGGAACUACCCUUUCCAGAUCGCCUGCUGGAAGUCGGCCCCCGCCUUGGCUUGCGGUAAUGCCAUGGUGUACAAGCCUUCUCCCUUCACCCCGCUCUCUGUUCUGAUGCUGGCGGAGAUCUACACCGAGGCCGGGGUGCCCAGGGGGCUUUUCAACGUGGUGCAGGGCGGAGCAGCCACGGGCCAGUUCCUGUGUCAGCACCCCGAUGUGGCCAAGGUCUCUUUCACCGGGAGCGUGCCCACGGGCGUCAAGAUUAUGGAGGCGGCGGCCAGCGGCAUCAAGCCGGUGACCCUGGAGCUGGGCGGCAAGUCCCCCCUCAUCAUCUUCUCCGACUGCGUCUUGGAGAACGCCGUGAAGGGCGCCCUCAUGGCCAACUUCCUCACGCAAGGCGAGGUCUGCUGCAACGGCACCCGCGUGUUUGUCCAGCGGGAGAUCCUGCAAGGCUUCACCAAGGAAGUCGUGAAGCAGACCCAGCGGAUCAGGAUCGGGGACCCCUUGCUGGAAGACACGAGGAUGGGGGCGCUGAUCAACCGGCCCCACCUGGAGAAGGUGCUGAGCUUCGUCAAACAGGCCAAGGAGCAGGGCGCUGAGGUGCUCUGCGGCGGGGAGGCACAUGUGCCCGACGAUCCGAAGCUGAGCAAAGGCUUCUAUAUGUCGCCCUGCGUGCUGGGAAACUGCAAGGACAGCAUGACAUGUGUGAAAGAGGAGAUUUUCGGGCCAGUCAUGUCCAUUCUGCCCUUUGACACGGAAGAGGAGGUCCUGCAGAGAGCCAACCAGACACGCUUCGGCCUGGCGGGAGGGGUCUUCACCAGGGACAUCCAGCGCGCCCACCGAAUAGCGGCAGGUCUGCAGGUCGGCAUGUGUUUCAUCAACAACUACAACAUCAGCCCCGUGGAGCUGCCCUUUGGGGGAUACAAGAUGUCAGGCUUUGGUCGAGAGAAUGGCGAAGCCGCCAUCGAGUAUUACUCCCAGCUGAAGGCUGUCAUUGUGGAGAUGGGCGAUGUGGAGUCGGUGUUCUGAGAGCCCUCGUGGCUCCCCGGAAGCCGCGUGGAAGCGCCCGCUCGGCAUGCCCAUGUUGCCUUUCUCUGCUUGAAUUCCCCCGGCCUCCCCCUUUCUUCUCUCGAAAGACCAGCACAGCUCAUUGGCUGGAGGGGUUCAUGACUGGACACGCCGUGCUAACGGUAUCUCUGCUGCCUUUCCCACUUCUGUACCUUGUUUUCUGAGCAAAUAAAGGAGUGCCGAUUGUA